CUACUUUCAUUCGACUCACUGAGGUUUCAUCUCGCAGCACGAGAGUCGGUCUGUCUAUCUAUCUGUCAUCUGUUACCUGAUGAAGAUGAUGAUGAUGCUCACCUGUCUGCUCGGAUUGCUGGUGUGCGGCACUCAAGCUGUGCUUCAGGUGUCAAUAUCCCUCAAUAAAGUGGAACUGAGUGUUGGAGAGUCCAAAUUCUUCACCUGCACAGCCAUUGGGGAGCCAGUGAGCAUAAACUGGUUUAACCCUCAAGGCGAGCGAGUCAUCUCAAACCAGCGAGUGGUUGUGCAUACAGAAGGUGUGCGAUCUCGACUAACCGUCUAUAACGCUAUCAUCGAGGAUGCUGGGAUCUAUCGCUGUCAGGCUGCGGAUGCCACAGGACAAACUCAAGAGGCUACAGUCGUGCUAGAGAUCUACCAGAAGUUGACGUUUCGUGAAGUGAAGACCCCGCAGGAGUUUCGUCAGAAUGAAGAUGCAGAGGUCAUCUGUGAUGUCAUCAGCUCACCUGUACCUGCUGUCUCCUGGUUCUACAAGAACAGAGAAAUCACAUCUGAUUACAACAACAAACUCCAAGUGCUGCCCAACAACAACCUCCAGAUCCUGAAAGUGACUAAAGCAGAUGAGGGUGUGUAUCGCUGUGAGGCGCGAGUGGAGGCGCGGGGAGAAAUUGAUUUCCGGGACAUUGUUGUGUUGGUCAAUGUUCCUCCGGUUCUGAUCGUACCACAGCAAACUUUCAAUGCCACAGCGGAUUAUCAGGAGUCAGUCACCUUCACCUGUAUCACAUCAGGCUCACCUGACCCUCAGGUUACCUGGUACUGGAAAGGUCAUGUGAUUGAAAGCUCAGAGCAGUAUGUGUUAAACUCUCUGGAUGGAGGAAGAAGCACACUGACGGUCAAAAACAUCCGACAGGGUGACGGUGGACCCUACACAUGCAGGGCCAGCAACAAAGCCGGGAGCAUCGAAGGUCAACUUAUCCUUAAAGUCUUUGUUCAGCCUCACAUCACUCAGUUGCGUAACGUGACAGCGGUGGAGGGCAGCGCUGCGAUGAUCUCCUGUACCGCUGAAGGUGAACCGGUGCCUGAGAUCUCAUGGAGAAGAGCCAGUGAUGGACAAACAUUCAGAGAUGGAGAUAAGAGUCAGGACGGUCGUGUGGAGGUGCGUGGACGGCACGGGAAAUCCAUGUUGACCAUCAGCAACGUACGGCUCUCGGAUUGGGGUCGAUUCGACUGCGAGGCCCUCAGCAGGAUCGGAGGCCAUCAGAAAAGCAUGUUCCUGGAUAUCGAGUAUGCACCGAAGUUCCAGACCAGCCAGACGAUCUUCUACUCAUGGGAGGGAAACCCAGUGAACAUCAGCUGUGAUGUGAGAUCUAAUCCUCCAGCGACGAUGCUCUGGAGAAGAGAUCGAUUUACCAUCUCCAGUCAGGGCACCAGCAACAUACAGAUCCACACUGCAGAGGGACGAUCACUUCUAGAGGUCACUCCAGUGUCCGACAGGGAUUUUGGACGCUACAACUGCACAGCCAGAAACAACAUCGGCGCUCGAUAUCAGGAGUUUAUAUUAGCACAGGCAGAUGUUCCUUCAAACCCGACCUCUGUCAGGUUGACCGCUGUAUCUCAGCGUCUCGCUACCGUCACCUUCAUAAAGCCUGACUCACAUGGAGGCGUGCCCAUCAGUUAUUACAUCAUCAACUACAGAGACAUAAGCUCACCUGAUUGGAGAACAGUGAGAUCACAUGGUGUUCAGACUAUGGUGGUUCUGGCGAGCCUGGAGCCCAACACCACAUAUGAGGUGAGAGUGGCGGCGGUGAACGGUAAAGGUCAAGGAGAGUUCAGUCGAUCGGACAUCUUCCAGACGUUACCCAUCCGUGAGCCGAGUCCUCCUACAGUACACGGACAGAGAGGUGUCGGUAAAGCGUACAGACUCGGUCUAAUGAAACAGGAUGAUGGUGGAAUGCCCAUCGUCGAAUACAUCGUCAAAUAUAAAACGGAUAAGGAGGAACAGUGGAUGACUAAGUUGGUUCCCGGUCUGAACGACUAUGCUGUUUUACAGCCGCUUCAGUGGAACACGCGCUACAACGUGGAGAUCACAGCACGCAAUCUGAAAGGCCUGUCAGAACCCACCUUCUUUCAGUUCCUCAUGCCUCAGAAACCUGACAUCACAGCAGAUUCACUGUUCAGUGGUCUCGGUCUGGGCACUGUGGUGGGUUUGGGUGUAGCCGGUCUUCUUCUGCUGCUGGUGUUGGUGGACGUCUGUUGUUUUUUCCUGCGUCAGUGUGGACUUCUCAUGUGCAUCAGUCGCAAGUUCUGCAGCAAGAAAACAACCACCAGCGGCAAAAGCAAAGAGAUGGAGGAGGGAAAAGCAGCUUAUCUGAAACUCCCACUAAAGGAAGAAAAUGGUAAAGACGUACUGAAGCCGGAUUUAAUCGAGAUCAAAGUGCGUGGUGACAACAGCCUUCACACAAAACACGACGACAGUAAAGCAUAAUGGAGGCCGUGCCGAACAUUCCCAGCCCAUUCAAACUAAGAAAAAAAUAUCAAAAGAGAAUCCUAUGAAAAUCUUCAGAAUGGAUGAAUAAUGAAGAUAUGGGCGUGUAAAUAUGUUGAAAUAUUAACAGGGACAGAGUUGAGUUUUUUGUGAUAAAUCUAUGAUGGUCUUUCUAUUCAAGGCUCCAGCACUUUGGGUUGCCGUUUUUGUCUUUGGCCUUUUUUUCGUGUUUUGAUGGCAUCAUGAAGAUCUCCUGCAGCAGCGUCCUGACACGACCCAACGGAUUCAAAGAUCUUUCUUCUCUUUUCCAGGCAUGUCGAGUAAAAAUCGAGUCCACUGAGAUGUCUGACUACAGUAUGUUGUCUUGAUUCUUUCAGAUUCUGGCCAUCUUUAGCUACGUGUCGGGUCUUUUAGUGUUUUUCUAGAAGUGUGGAGAAUUUCAGCCGAUGAAAUUAUGGUUUGAAUUCACAGCCUGCCUUUAUUCGGUUUUUCAGCCCUCUGAGACCGAACAUCUCUAUUGGGUUUUCUUAUAUACUCUUGAUAAUUUCAUCUGCCGGCCGUCACGUCUACAGUUCAUCCUUCAGACUUCUUCAUCAAGUGUUUGUAGCAGCUGUGAUGUUUGAAGAAACACAGGGGAGUCAAAGCAAAUCCUGGCAAAACUUUCAGUUGUAUAUUGAGUUGAUAGUUUCAACUUCGACUGCCAUGACGUCAGGUGAAAUGUUGUUAACUGUAUGCAUGAGUGUGUAUGUGAGUAUGACCAGAAAUAUAUUGUACUCCACACAAACCAAGACAUGACACUUAGACAAGGCAUUGCAAUGUGCAGUUUUAAGCUACAUUUACAUGACAAGGAUAUAGUCAAAACUGAGUUUUUCCUUUGCAUAUUUUACGUACGACAAUGAUGUCAGAAAGAUACGUGUUUACACAAAUAUGCAAAAAGACAAUAGUAUUAAAUGUGGCAGGCCAGUAGAUGGCGAUGUUACUUUGUAAAGAAACACCACAUGCCUCUGCACGUAUGCAUUCUUCUACAAAGCGAUAAAUACAAACAAUCAAGACGACGAAAGCAUCGAUCAGUCUUGUUUAGACGGACUACAAGUGACCCUGGACUAUAAAUCACUUAAAAUGAUGUAAACUUUGUUGAAGACGCAUUCAUAAACUCAGUAUCUUGAGUAUCACUAAACAAUCAAAAAAAAAAUAAUGAAGUUUUGAAAUUGAAAUAAGUUUACUUUUUUCUUAGACACUUAAAGAAACAGUAUGUAGGAUUGUGGCCAAAACUGGUAUUGCCAUCACAAAACUUGUGGCUAAAACAGGUACUGCAAUCACACAGCUGGUGGCCAAUACACAAAAAGACAACAUAAACAUCAGUUGAGGGCUGCAACUCCAUUUUUUAAAUGGCAAUAUCCUGGCCAGACCACUGUUGUCAGUGAUAUUAUGACCUAUCAGGGCCAUUUUAUGAUUAAUUGAUAUACAUUUCUUACAUACUGUUCCUUUCAUUCAAGAAACGUUUUCUCUCCCCAUUGGCAGAUAUUUUUUGCUUGUUAAAAGAACAAAUUUAAUUAAAUUGUAUGUUUUUUGUCUAACAACUAGACAUAUUUUCUUAGGUAAUUUUGUUCAUCUUGAUUUAAGAUUUUUUUUUCUACUGAAAACAAGACAAAAAUACUAAGUAAGAAAGUCAUGAUUUGCAGUGUGUAUUUGAGUGAUGAUGUGCAAUAUGUUUCUGGUCACUGUUUGCCAGCUAAACCGUGCACUUGAGUUAUUAUAUUUAUUAUAUUUUACUAUAGUUUAUAUCUGUUUGUACAUAAAUGAGUUUGUUAUAGUCUUAAUGAAUCACAAGUGUUCACAGAAAAUCAAAUAAAGAUCAGGUCGACUCUUUUCUUUAAGAUUCAUUAAGGCAUCACAGAGCAAAUCUAAACAUUUAUUGUUAAAACCGUAUCUGUAUUAAGAUGUUGAAUGCAAAAAAUUCAUGUAUUUUUACUUGUCUAUUAUAAAUAAUUAUAAUCUUUUGGUUAAUAUAUAAAUGGGAUUUAUUUGGAUAAGAUUGAACUUGUAGUAUGAUAACCCAGACAAGAGAUGACAGUAUGUGCACUGGUUUAACACUGGAAGUUAAGUCAUUAAUGUGUUUUUAUUUAGCACUUUUUAACAGAUCUGCGAAAACAUCUCUAAUGUGUUCAUACUCGCAAAUGUAUUUGAUCCGUGUCUCUAUGCCUAAAAAUCAAAAGGAAACGUUUGUCAAGUCGAAUUAAACUAGAAUUUUCUCACAUUAAGCGGCCAAAACAAAACAAUAAAGUAAAUGUUGUUUGUGUGACAGAUUCACUGAAUCAUCUCGCAUGAUAAUAAUAACCUGUAGUUUUAUUCACUGCAAAGAAAAACUUGAAUCAGUUGUCUAAAAAGCAAACUUUAUAAUAAAGAAUGAUGUAAAAUACAGUUUGUGGCAGGUAGAAGAUAUUUAUUUAUACAUUUUAUUUCCUUCAGUUGAAUUAAUAAGACUUUAUUUUCUGAACAUUGGAAAUAAUCAUUCAUAUAUAAUAUAAAUUUAUAUUCAUUGUAUCCUAAACACUCACACACACAAUUCUGAUGAAUUUCUGUUCUAUGCAUAAUUUAAUUAAGAUCUCUCAUG